UCAAGGCGUUCUCUGACGAAAGUUCCUAUAACUUUGUGAUCGACAAGUCUAACUAAUACAAUUACGAGGUGCUUGCAAGAAAGGGAUUUUAGUAUAAGGAUUCAGAAAUACGUGUCAAGGAUUUCCUCUUUAAUCAACGACGAUACUUUGACUCGAGCGAGUUGCAUAAAUUGAUUACACGCAAUUACCAGAUAAACUCUUGUGUGCAAGAUACGAGAAAUGCCCGGAAUGGAGAAUGUAACCAAUCUCGGUCUUCGAGUGGAGAAAUUCAAGAAAGAUUUCCUCAAGCAUUACCAGGCCAAGUUCCCGGUUUUGUUCCGUAUUUGUUUUGAUCCGAUAGGUACUCAUAAGAAGUCGCGUGCCUUUAUCGGUUUCUUGUUCGGAUUUUUUAUGGCUGUUCUUCUAUACGAAUGCAUUAUCAUCGACCUGCAGUUCGACGCGUAUACCAGUGUGUGUCUUGGUGGUAUUUUGAUUACGAUGCUGUCAAUUGGAUGUGCCUUGUCGAUUCAGGUAAGGUGCAUUUCUAUCUUGACGAUACCAGCGUUUUUUGGCCGAGCAGGUCGAAGUAUGUUGAGAGCACUGAUUUUUGGAUAUAUCAUUGCCGGACCAUUGUUUAAUUUAGUGUAUAACGCCAAGGAGGUGGUAAGAACAUUCGGCUGCACUACACAGUUGACGUACAACCUUACCAAGACAAGAUUUGAUUUAAUGUUCAAACCGUUUCAACAGGCGAUCCUUGCUAUGAGAGCGGAUGCAAAUGAGAUAAAAGACACGCUUUCUUCGGUGAGGGACUUAAUGAGCCCGAUUGUCGAAGAAGUGGAGGGAGAGGAAGAAAUGUUGCGAUUAAAGGAGGAAAACGAUUAUUUGGACGAGUUGCAAGGUGAUACAAAAAGAAGCAAGGAAAUCGAACAGAAGCACGAGAAAAAAAUUGAAGAAGCCAAAUCAGAUGCAGAAAUAUUUGAAGCUAAAUAUAAGAAAAAAAUUGAAGCUCGAUGCGAGGAGCAACUUAGUCGAGGUGCAGGAAGAUGUAGGGACAUGUUCGGUAAUGCUUACAACAAGUGUUACGAAGCAGUGAGCGUAUUUGUUGCUUGGCUGCUGUGUUGGCCGAUGAAACUGACUUUCGUCUGUAAUCUGGUUCAAGCACUGGGUGGUUCUAGUAUCUGUGAUCCUGAAGGAAAGGUUGAUAGUGGCAUCGGCGAAGGAUACAUCGCUUUGAAGGGUGCUCGGGACGAAUUCAGCCGAAGCUUAAAGGACGCGAAGCUGCAAUACAAAGUGAGGAAGCCGCCAGUGAUUUUGGAUCUUCAAGACUCGGCGUAUGCUGCCAGAGCGGUAAUACACGAAUUCACAGUGCGAAGAAGAUUGUUCCAGUCCGUGAUGACCAUCGUAAAAAGAUGCUUGUCCUUCGUGUUUCUAAAAAUCAUUCUCGACGCUCAGAGAUACCACGACGAAUAUUUGAAUGACAUUGAGUUCGACAAUAUAUAUGUGUCGCCCUAUUUCCGCAAGAUAGACGCAAGAAGAAGAGCACGCGGUAGUAUGACUCUGUUGCCGUUUAAGAAAAUCGAGAGGAGAAAGUUUGUUGAUCCUUACAGUAUGAAACCAAGCAAAACCGAAAGGUCUCAUUUGAUUGGACAGACAGUUAAAUUGCUUCUUGAGCUCAUCACGGCCAGUGUUUUUGUUAUUUUGGAUUGGUUAUUUUAUGAAGUAUUGGAUUUAAUCAGGAGACACGCUUAUAUGGAGUACACUCAGGCAGGCCACCACGACCUAAGUUUGGAAAUUCGCGGAACGGGGGUGAUCGCAUCAUUGAUGAGAAACGCGAUUCGAGGUUUCAACGUGAAGAAACGAAUCAAAACCGUGGUUUCGAACAGCGCGUGCCUUCCUCGACCCACGAAACUACCCGCUUACGUAAUCGUCAGGAUCUACGGUACCUUCAUGGCAGUCUUCCUCCUGAUCUUUGCAUCCAUUUACACCGAGAGAUUACGUCGUGGCAUUUGCUCGUUCUUUUAUCGAAGAAGAGAAAAGAGACGAGUAUUGUACCUCUAUAACGAGAGUUUACGGCGCAGGCUCUCGUACACCAAGUUCAUGAAGGCUAAAGUAAAGAAUAUGGUGAGAACGCGUCAUUUGGAGAACGAGGUGAAUUUCUGGUUGGCCGUGAGACUUAAAUGGCCGGAUCGUUUUGGAUGGCUCAAAUACUUCGCCUGUGCCAGGGAAAGGUGUUUAAUCUGCGGCGAUCCAGAGCCUAGAAAAGGGCCAAAGUACCGAGCAUGCACCACUCCAGGUUGCCCCUUCUUGCAUUGCGCUGAAUGCUGGAGAGACGUAGGAAAGAUUUGCUAUGCUUGCUCUGAAUUUUCGGAUACCGAAACGGAAGAGUACGACACCCAACGCAGUGACUUUUAGUUCAGUUAACACGCUGUCGACCAAGCAAUGGAAUAAUUCGUAUAAGUUGCCUAAACGCAAUAUUAUUGAUAAACACAGUAACUCGCCCUAUAUGUUUGAAAAAAUCCUUGAGACUCGCUUUUAUAAUCACAAUGCUGAAAUACAAUGAUGUAAGCUGAGCAACAAAAAUUGCAAAUGAAAUGUUGAGUUAAUGCAACGUUGGUCUUUAAAGAAUUAAAGACUUGUUGAAGAUUUAUAAUUGAAUAUAUUAAUUAAUAAGCUUAAUUAUUGGAUUAUAUUAUAUGGAUGGUGGUACUGUAACCAUUCUUUAUUUGUGUACUAGGAUACUAGUUAUUGAAUAUGAAGACAAUAAUCUCUGAUUUACGUCUUUUAGUAGUCACUUAAAUGAGCAUCAGCUAUUACAACUUGUAUUUGUGAUUUGUGAUUAAACCAGUAGAAUUUAAAACAAGGAAACUUAAAUUUAUGCCAUUGAUUUUAUUCUAAUGUUUAACAUACGAUUAGAGAUUACGUAUUCUUUUGAAGAAAAUACAUAUGAUAGGAUCAAUAUUACGCCUCGAGGUACCAAUGAUAUUAGUCAAGAUUGUAGGUAGUAGUGGCUAGAAACAUUUUUCGGGAAACUAUGAUAUCAUCAGAGAUGGUAAGGCCAUCUCUACGUAUAAAUCUCACGUACCAAACUCGACAAGAAGUCUCAGAUUUCAUGAGGAAGAAACGAGAACUUAAAACGUGCAUUUACUAUGUUGGAUUUAUGAGGACUGUGAUGCUCGAACGGAAUACAAAACAUUCAAGAGCACAAAGUAGGAUCAUUCCUAGUUUUAUAAUACAAUGGUAUUAUCCGAGGAAUCUCGCAUCUCCAUUAAAUUUCCACGAAGCCAACGAUGUAUCAAAGUAACGUUAACAUAAGUAUAAUGAGUUGCAGACACGGAGCGAUUUACGUCUGUUUCACAUAAUUCAAGGAAAGAUUGCAAUUGUGCGACGAAUCUACUUGAAUACGACAUGAGGUCUCGCAAAUUGGUUAAAUUCCGUUUACAUACACAAGAGGCAAGCUGCUGUAUAUUGUUAUAAAGAGAAUUUAACGAUGAUUGCUAUAAUUGUUAGUACUGUACAAAAAACAAAGUACAUAAUACGUAUACUGUUCUUAUUAAUUAAAAUGUUGUAUCCAUAAUUUCAUAAUUGAAGAAAACUCGAAUUCUACUCAUCUUCUUUGUAACAGUUUAACUUAUGUAAGAAGGAUAAUUUUAUUAUUUCACCGUUUUACUGUUUCACUGCUUCAUCAGUUUGUUAUUUCAUUACUCUGCCAUUUUAUUACUUUAUCAUUUGAAGAGCACUCAAGGGGAACGCGACAAACUAGGGUUAAGGUUCCUGGAAAAGGAAUAGCUUGUUAGAUUCAGAAAUAUAAGUUUCUUGAGUGCAGGUGACAGGUCGAUGAAGUUUUAUAAACAAUCUUUUAAUGUUCAAUAGGCUUCAAAUAAUAAUAAUAGUUCAAAUUUUGCAAGCAAAUAAGAGGGCAAUUUUAAUAACAUGGAAUUGAUUAUGGAAUUUUACAAUUGUUUGUCACGUUUCCUGCCUAUGGUCUUUGCUUUACAAUUUUCCUAUUUUUCUAUUUCCUCAUCUUAUAAUUCUACUGUUUUAUAAUUUUAUUGUUUCUCUAUGUUACCACUCUAUGACUCUACUAUUCUGCCAUUUCUUCAUUUUACUGUACUAUUUUCAAAAUUUGUAGGAAACUCUGGUAUUUCAACAUUUUCAUAUGGACGACGCACAAGAGGAACAAUAGAGAUACCGGUCACCUGUUGCAAGCUAAAAUCGAAUUUCAUCCACAUUAACAAGAAUUGCUCGGUUCGUCGAACAUCGUGGCGCGCAAGAAAAUGAUCCUUCCGUGCGCAUUUUUCCUAAGGAAUUA